CAAGAGCGUGAUCUUGGCGAGCGCGUGCACACCCGUGGGAAAAUUUUCAAGGCAGAUUUGCGCGUGGCACUAUCUUAACCUGAGAUAAAGGAACACCACAGUUCCCUGGAGUUGGAAAUUUUGGGUCCAACUCGGAAGUUUCAGUAGCUGGAAAUUCAAUACUGACCAGGUGCAUUGGAAGCCCCCUCCUGACUGGGGGCGUGAGAACAUUAUUUGCCCACGAUGGGAGCACUUUUCCCGGUUUUUGUGUAUUGCAUCAGCCUGCUCUCCUCACAACUGUUGGCACUACCGGUGAGAGACAGGUUGGACUUCAUGACAAGACUCCAUCAGUUAAAAGAGGAUCCCAUCUCUCCAGAUGUUACUGAGCACCCAAAUACUGACCAUGGCGUCUCCAUCGACCGCACCAUUCUGUGGAGGGCCAUCCUCUCCAGACCACCACCUCCAUGCCCAAAACGGCUCCCACAGCCAAAAGCAGGCGAAUCCAGCCAAACAGAUGAAAGCCCUAGGCAGAGAGAGCGUCGCAACGUGCACUCGCGAGGCCACCACAACCAUCACCACGGCCAGCUGAUGCGGGUCGGAUGUGUCCUCGGUACCUGCCAGGUGCAAAACCUCAGUCACCGCCUCUACCAGCUGGGCGGCCAAAGCCGGCGCGAAGACUCCCCCAUCAACCCAAGCAAUCCACGUAGCUACGGAUGAGGACGUCCGGCUAAAACUAAGACCAAGAAAACCGUGUUACAUGUCUCGUCCUGGUGUUUGUCUAUUUUGUUGCAGUACUGCUGUUGUACUCUUUCCUGCUCUCUGCCUUGGUUUUCUGGAGUGUAUACUGUGCCUUUUUGGACAGAAAGGACCUCUUGUUACUUGAUGGCAACUUUUGAAUUCAGUGCCUCUGAAACACUUUGACUUUUAUGGUACUCAAAACAGAUUCUUUAUUUUGAAAUUGUCAUCUUGUUAAGUCCUCAGAUAAGAGAUUAUGCCGCAUUACAUCCAGACUCAUCAAAUGCUGUUAACUUCUACACCACUGAUCAAAUCCGCAGAGGAUUUAAUGUGGAUUUCAACAAAGUGUGCGAUCGGAUUUCUGUCAGUCUGAAGGCCAUGUGUUCGAAAAGACUCUGAACUCUCCCACCUCGCACUUUUAAGAAGAAAGCAGACUUUCUCUGAUGGCUUCGGAGCUUGUUUAAGACCCCCAUCUGAUACCUUUUCACAUGAAUAGUUAUACUGCAAGUUUGGGUUUAAAUCUUGGGUUUUAGACAAUGGCGAAUUGUGACUUUAUAAACACAGUGAACCCACAAACAAUACAGUAGCAAUCGCCACUGAAUCCGGAUUAACACAUUGUCGCUUUUCCAUGCACUUUGAGGUCUGGCGCCUGGAAUAUUACACUUCACGUGAUUUAUAAAGUCACGAGAAUGAGUCAUAAUCCUGCAGACUCCUGCUGGGCUUUUCCACAUUUCAUAAACAGAAGCAAGACUUUUCGGAGCAUUCUUAAAUGAUGGCUAAAGCUCACCCAUAAAUAACCAUACCCACGGUUAUAGCUCCAUAACAAAGGAGAAAGCAUUUACCCGAAAUCAUUUACUCACCCUCAUGUCGUUCCAAACGCUGGUCAUUCUGCGCAUCAAUGCGUGAAGUAAUGCAAGUCAAAGUGAUUCACUGUUGGUUUUGGACCCCAUUGACUCACACUGUAUGGACAAAAAAUGUUUUUUUAGUAAUUAUACAUUUUUUACUAUCAUCCAAUGCCCUCAAAAUAUUCUCAACACGCAUCGACUGGCGUCAUUUAAGUAAUUCACAAGCUCGUUCUUGUAACUCUAAUUAAAGAUUGUAGUUAUACCAAAAUAUGAGGCCCGCGUGCCAAAGUCUUUCGGGAACAUGGCCUUCCAAAAACACUCUCCAUCCGUGUCAUGUAUUUUAAGAAUUUCCUUUUGUUAUAAUAAUCAUGUCUGAAUACGUGGGUGGAUACACACACCAAAAAUACCGAGCAGACAUAGGAAAAGUAGCCGAUUUAAAACUCUUCCGUGGCUUUUGGGGGUCUGUGGAUUUCAAGGGAAUGCUGUGAGACAUCAAAGUGCAUGUUUGAGGAUUAAAAUAGCUGGAGUAAUCCCAAAAAAUCCUACUCAAACAUCAAAUACUCAAUAUCUGCAAGGUGUCCAGGCUAAACUCUCCGAAAGCAUUAGGUUUCCCACUAUGUGCUAAUAUGUUAUAGGAUUACUUGCUUUCAAAUGACUCCAGAAAGGCAGAGAACUGACCAAAAAACCUGAAUUUACUUGAUACCUUUCUGUGUAUUCACACUAUACUGCUAUUCAGUGAUCUUUUAUUUUACAUAGGCUUAAGUGUUGAUAACUGUAAGUCUUUCUCUUUGUCCUGGCUGAUUCCAAUGAUGAUGAUCGGAAGUAAUAGUAAUCGCUGGUGCUUUGGCUCUAAUCUGCGCAAAGGCUCUCUAUAUAUUCGACGCCAUUCGCUCUGCUGUAAUCGAUCCAAUUUGUGUCUCGUGACUAAUCAUUAAAGGCUUUUAAACUGCUGAGAGCCUGGUUAAUCUGUACUUUUUGUGUACAUGCACAGGGAGAGCCUCAUGUUGACUUAUAUAUUGAUCACAUUCCUUUUUUUUGACUAUUUAACUAUCUAUUUAUUUAUUGUCGGAUGAGUUGUUGUGAACGUCUUGGUGACAUGGGUUGGAACGUAACAAGUGCGUCAGUAUCUGUUCUCGCGUGUUUGUGUGUGCUGCCCCUGUGUAUCGCAUAUUUUCAUGACCUUUGUCCCCCUUUCCAAGCAGUACUUAGUUCAUUAAGAAUAACACUAGAGUUAGAUGAGCACUGGCACAAACUGUCUCAAUGAUGAAGGAAUACAAAGAACGUUGUGAAUCUGUGACUUUUAAAGACGUAUGUGUGAGUGUGUUUGAACGUCAUCCUGACCUUGAGCAUAACCUUAAAUGUUUUAGUUGAUACUAAAGGUCAGUUGUGUUGUUACUACCAUGCGAAGCACUUUAAAGCAUGUUUCUAUGUUUGUCACUUGAACUUGAGUUUUGUGUUUUGAAUUUGAGCAGGAUCUGUAUGAAUGUAUUUUAAAGGGCGUUUUAAAGCACACUGAAUUAGGAAGAGGUCAGUAUCAUGUACACUAUCUUUUGUUUUAUUAGAUCUGAUAUUUAAAUUAAUGUAUUUAUGUUUGCAUUUGUGUAUCUAUGUCACCAAAGACGUUAUUUAUCACAUAAAGUGUUUUCUCACACGCCAGAGGUGUCCUCUGGGUACGACAAAUUUUUAUAUUUUGGGAAGACGAUAAAAUUAGUCUGUCACGCCCAUACAAUGUUCUUUUUUGUCUGUGAAAUAAAGCACUACGUAGUAGUGAGAUGAAAUCGGA